ACUGAGCGCUCGAAAAUCUAAACACUAGUUCAGUGCAAGCGCAAGAGCGCUGUGGAUGUCCAGGAAAUUUAACUCGUUUUUAAGACCUCGAAUGAAAACAGUGAAUUUAGAAUUUAUUAUCGUCACCUCGUGAUGUAUCGCGGUGAUUGAAGUGUCCCCUUUUAAUAUUUAUUUUCAUACGAGCGGAACUACAUUUUCAACAAUGAACAUUGAACUAUUGCUGAAGGUGUGCUGCUGGAGCGCCGCGGUGGCGCUGGUAGGCGGAUCGGCCAGCCCUUGUCGAGGGCCGGCGGAGGGCACCCGCCUCAAGUACGUGUGGGGCGACGCGCUCACAGACCAUCCGGACUGCAGGGGGCCCACAGGGCAGGCCUACCCCAUCUCUGCGGUGACGCGCGCCUUCCGCGGCUCUUCGCGGUCUGGACGCGCCGCCUUCGGCCCACUGGACCCGCAGGUGACGAGGAGGGCGCUGUUGCAGGCGCACGAGGCAGCCAGCAACGUCUCCAUGCGAGCGGGGCGGGCUGACACUGGGAGCUGCAGCAGUAUGGGAAGCUCAAGUUCUCGACUGUGUCGCACACGAUACAACACGACAGCACCGAUGUAUGGUGUCAGUCUCACCUCAGGACAGCCUGUUACUAUUGUGCAGAAGUUUCCAGAUCUUCUCCAACAGGUUGUCUUCGAAGUUUGCGAUGCAAGUGAAUGUGAAGUGGUUCGGGGAGAAUGUACACAGACCUAUGUGCCAUACUUAUUUCUUGUGAUACCUCUUGGCCCUGUGACAUUGACUGGGCAAGAUUAUGUACUAGUGGAGAGUGGGUGUGUGUGCAAACCAAAAUUCAGUGCUAAUUCAAUAGAGCAUCAGCCACCAGAUAUAUCUGCACUACCACCUCUUCUUUAGAAGCAACAGGUGCCUUUAAGAGGACACACGUGUCAUGGAGGUGCUUAAUGAUACAAAACUCUGUAUAUUGUGAGUUGAGUUAAAGGAAGUAACAUGUCAUGACAGACCAUUUUGUACUAAGAGACAAGAUUUUAUCUGUGUUGUAUAUCUACAUCUUUGCCUACUUGAUGGCAUGUAAGGUACAGUGAAUGUGAUUGUACCAGAGAUAUCAGUGACCUAUUUCUGUUUGAAACUGAUGAGUGUCAAUAAAAUAAAAUUUAGAAACAGUGAAGAUCUGAACCUGACUUAUUAACAUUUCAAUUGGACAGUUACUUACAAAUAGUAAUAUUUUCAGUCUGUAUCAACAAAUUAUGUAAUAACAUUUGAGUCGCUUAAUGUGACCAAAAUGCUGAAUUACAGCUGGGGAAAAAUGUGUUUAAAGUAUUUUAAUUUUGUGAAUGCUAAUAGAUGACUUUUGUCAUUCAUUCUCCAAUUAUGUGAUAUUUUAUUCAAUGUUAAUGCUUUUCUUUAUUCUUUAAGAUAUGUAUUCCUGAGAAUAGUCAACAUUUAUGUUGUCAAGUGCUUAAGAGAAUGAGUGUGCAGAUAAACCCUUCUGGCUACAAUCAAACAUUGAACCUCUUGUCAGCAGAUAGUGACAAAACCCCUUAGACUAUGCUCAGUUUGUUAUUCUUCACAUGUAUAUGUAGCCAUAUCCUGCAUUUUAGUCAUCAGAAGACAGCCUCAAAUUGUACUUUUAAGGAUGGUAAUUUAAAGAAAUGAAUAUUCCAGCUUAUAUUAACCAAUGAAGCACAAGUACAACUUAAAAUUGCCAAGAGCUGAUUUUGUAUAAGGAUAAUUGCUGGUAGUAUGUAUAUUGAAGAUGUUAUUAUUUGUAUUUAUAUCAGUAAUUUUAAGAACUAUAUUGUUUUUAAACCUGUAUAUUUUUUCACUGCCCUUGAGUUAUUUUAGGCACUGUUACAUGUAACUGUUCAUGGCAUUUUGUUUGUAAUGUAAUAAUGAUAUGGAACAACUUCCAGUAACAUGAUUAUUUUGAACAUACAUAACAUACAUCAAUUAUUAUUUAUAUAUGUAAUGACUAUUAAAAUGUGUAUUUCUUAUUGUAACUGUGAUUUAAGAAUAUGUACAUAGAUUUAUUUUAAAUUAAAUCUUUGAGUCUAAUGGUCUUAAUCUCGAAAGUUAUCCUACAGCACUGAAGAGUACAUGACAACAAAGUUUCAUACCUCAAACAGUUCAGAGAAUUCUCACAAUAUAUCACUCUUUUCUCACACUUUGUGUUAAAAAUUACAUACUUCAAAUUAAUUCUAAUUUAAAGGUUAAGAAAUAAGCACAUAUAUGCAUCACAAAGCCACUUACUAUUAAAGUCAUAUGUAAAGAUUUUCACAGAUCACUGUACAAUUAACUUCUUCAGUUAGAACAGUGUCCUAUUCUACAUUUACACUCAUGAUGUACCAAAUGCCAGCAUAUUGGACCUCACUACAUUCGGGUUUAUUCUGACCAAACAAGAGUGAAGGGAGUGGGAAUUAAGUCAGAGGCAGUAGGCAGAGGGCUCAUGUUACACCAAACGAAAUGCUCUGGCACAUCAGAACGUUAAGUUAUUUGGGAUCAACAGCAGCACCAUUUGCAGAGAAGGUGCCGUACACUGAAUAUCUAUCAAGAUGCUGUGGUGUUUGCACACCUGUCAUUUCAAUCUGGGUGUUGUAACAGUCUUAAAUCUAGAUUGCUCUUUGAUGUAGCUCUCCACGCCAGUCUUAUCCUGUACGUGCCUCUUCACCCCUGCAUAUCCAUUUGAACCUGCUUACUCUGGUCAAGGCUAGGACUUCCUCUAUUAUCAAACUGGUGAUUUCUUGAUGUCUUAGGAUGUAUCCUAUCAAAUGAAUGUUUCUUUUAGUCACGUUGUGGCAUACAUUUUUUCCUACCAGUCUGAUUCAGUGCCUCUUCAUUAGUUACAUGAUCUAACCAUAUAAUCUUUAGCACUCUUCUCCAGCACCAUAUUUCAAAAGCUUCUAUUCUCUUUGAGUGUGGAGUGUUUAUUGUCUGUGUUUCACUUCCAUACAAAACUACACUCAAGACAAAUACACUACGUUCAGAAAAUACAGUCUAACAUUAAAGUUUGUGUCUGAUGUUAACAUUUUUCUCCUUUUCAGAAUGGCUUUCCUUGCUGUUGCCCAUCUGCAUUUUAUAUCCAAUCUUCAA